AAGAAGAAGAAGCUCUAGGAGCACUGGUGGAUGCCGAGGAGGAAAUCAAUACUCUAAAGCAAGAAAGUGAAUUUCCUUUGGAAGAACUAUUAGCUAAGUAUCAGGCAUUGCCGCCUAUGGAGUAUGAAGAUCCACUUCGGAAGAAAUCCAAAAAAUCCAGCAAGAAGAAACACAAAACGAAACAGAGAUCACUGCCAACGGCUGUCUCAGCAGACGACGUUUGUGGUGGUGAUGAGGAAGAUGGUGAUAAGCAAAGGAUAAGGAUUGAGGAGGAAGUGGCGUCUAAAUCAAACACGGACGUUGUGAAAAACAACGAGGACUAUACAAUCACUAGCGAAAGUAAUGAUGAGAAAACUUCGACCGAACAAGACAAACUACAGGAGGAGGACGACGAUGAAACGGUAGAAGACGACGAAUGUAAAAAUGUCGAUGAAACUGAUAUACCGACAGUAGGAAGAACCCAUUUAUUGGAUUUGUAUCCGGAAGGUACAUUUGGCAAUGUGGGCGACGUAGAAAAAGACAUUCCCUUGGAAACUUUUUACGGCGUGGAAAAUGACGAGGAGGAGGAGGGUGUUGAUGAUGAAGAAGAUGAGGAAUACAAGAAGAAAGUAAUGAUAGGUUCUUCAUACCAGGCCUUUAUCCCUGGACUCUCUCAGUACGGGGAUAUUUUGCCAUAUGAAAAUGAGGACUUGCUGAUAUGGGAACCUAGUCAGGUUACGGAACGAGAAGUAGAGGCAUAUUUACUUAAGAUAAGAGAUAUCAAUAGGAAUCAAGGGGCGGAAGAUGAAAAUGCUGAUUCCUUCGAGUCCGAAAAUAGUACAGCAGUAAAAGCUCUGGAAUCAACCCAUGAUAAUUAG